UCGAGCUCCCUUUAGAACGAGGAGAUCUUUUCUCACUGUAGAGCAUGAGAACUGGGGGGAAGCCAAGCUCUUUGGGCAAGCCUGUGUUUGUGAGCGCACAGGUGACAGACAGCACUCUUGUUGCUGGGAAGCCAGAGCUGAAGGUAAGGUGUGUGUGCCUAUAAAUCCACACCCUUUGCAACGGGAAACAUCCAGAGUAUAGUUCUAACAAGAUCGGUGGGCAGCUCAGCUGCUUCUGAGUGACCUUCUAGAAGACACGAUGCUACACUCCACUUUGGGCCUCUGCCUCUUGCUGGUCACAGUUUCUUCCAACCUUGCCAUUGCUAUCAAAAAAGAAAAGAGACCUCCUCAGACUCUCUCAAGAGGAUGGGGAGAUGACAUCACUUGGGUACAAACUUAUGAAGAAGGUCUCUUUCAUGCUCACAAAAGUAACAAGCCAUUGAUGGUUAUUCACCACCUGGAAGACUGUCAAUACUGUCAAGCACUAAAACAGGAAUUUUCCAAAAAUGAAGAAAUACAAGAAAUGGCUCAGAAUGGUUUUAUCAUGCUGAAUCUCAUGCACGAGACCACAGACAAGAACUUGUCACCUGAUGGACAGUACGUGCCAAGGAUCCUGUUUGUUGACCCUUCUCUGACUGUCAGGGCUGAUAUAACAGGAAGAUACUCUAACAGACUGUACACAUAUGAACCUCAGGACUUACCUUUGUUGGCAGACAACAUGAAGAAAGCACUAAGACUUAUCCAGUCGGAGCUGUAAGGAAGAUGAAAAGAUGCUUCAACUCUAAGAAGUCAAAUGUGAGACAAAAAGCAAACGCAAAAUGUAUAAGUACCUGGACAUUAAUAUUUAGAGUUGUGAACAUGUCUGCGCCAACUCAUGAAGGUAAAAUCGUAUUCUAAUAAACGUCGAAAUGUGUGAUAA